ACAGAGAUGUCACUUCUGUUAUACAGAUGAUUGUGUAAAUGGCGUCUGAGGAAGUCAGACAGUUUGCUCUGUUUAUUGAAAAGCAAGUUCACUAGGUAAGUGAGAGGAAUCCCACUACAAUACCAGCUUUUAUAGACGCACAGCACGACAAGCUUCAACGUUCUGGACAAAUAGGAGAAGGAGUUGAAGGGUUCUUGGAGAUUUUUUGCUGCUUUCAAUCCGCUUGCAAACUUCACUCCGCCAUCGAAGAUGGGCGAUGAAGAGAAAAACAUUUGGCCAGACGAUCUCAAGCAGCGCGAAGAGCAAUGGCAUAGAAACGGAGCCUCUCCUGCGUCUCCGAGCAGGCACUUUGACAGAAAGCCGCCGUCGCCGCCAAAUCCGCCGCCCACCGAGGGCGGCAGGGCGCGCAGCCGGAGUCCCAGUCGAGAGCACAGGAGGAGCAGGAGCUACAGUCCUGACCGCUAUCGUCGGCGCCAGGACUCCUACGACUACCGGCGCAGAUCAAGUCGACGCAGUCCGGAGAGACGGCGAGUCGGCCGGGAUCGCUCGAGAGAGAGGAAUCGGAGCCGCUCUCGCGGCAGGCGCGACAGGAGCCACUCUCGUGGGCGGAACAGGCGCUCCGCCGCCGCCUUACAUCCCUCAGCCGCUCUACACUGA